AUGGCAGAGAGCAAUUCUCCUAUCUCGGACCAGUCGGACCUCUCGGACCCCCCGGAAUCCCCCUCUCAAAUCAUCGGCAGGCGCAGAAACCGCCUCGUGAACAUCAUCAAGCAGAACGACCUCCCUCAACUCCGUCAAUUCAUCGCCUCAUGCUCUCCCGAGGCUGUGAUCGCCCCUGGGACACCAUACUUGGAGGACACCUUGUUCCAUGCAGCCUCGUACGGCAGUCCCGAGGCUCUUCGCAUCCUCUUGGAGGUGUACACUGCGGCCCCGGAAGUUGUCAAGAGGUUUAAUCCCAAGUUCUGUCUGCUGCUUGACGCAUGUGGUGCAGCAAAUAUUGAUGUGGUGCGCUUUAUCUUGGACAGCCAUGAUAGUCCAAAGAAUCGGUUACCGCUCGGGACGGUGGAUUUGCAUCAGAGAGAUGACUCUGGAGAUACGCCGAUCCUCAUGGCUGCGGGGUCGCUGAUGUAUCUUGACAAAGACGCAGAGGAAGUAGAAUAUGAGGGUCUCAAUUGCACUGAGUGGGUUCGGGAUCGGAUUGCGAGGGGCCAUCAGUUGAUUCAUCUCCUUCUCGACCGGGGCUGUUCGGCGACAGACGUUGUUCCCCCUUUGCCAAAUGAUCUCUCUCCUUGGGGAAGUCAGGUGCAAGACAGUGUGCUUGGGCUUGCUGUGUCGAGGGCCGAUGGUCCAUUAGUUCAACGGCUCAUUAACUCCGGUGCCGAUAUCUACCUUAAGCAUCAACACUUCCAUCAUGCCAGGGUACCGUUCCAGCUCAGGACCACAAAGGAUCACGCAUAUGAUGUCACGACGCUCCACCUGGCAAGUUUCUUCUACAAUCCCGAUGCUGUUAAAUUGCUCUUGGAUCAUCAACUUUCCAAGAACAAUACCAACCCUGACCUGGCUUCCUCCCGUGACAGUGAUGGGCGACUCCCACUGCAUUGGGCAGCUAGCGGCCCUGGAGGUUUUAACUGUAGACUCCUGGAUAAGCAGCUCAGAAUCACAGAGACCCUUCGACUCCUCCUUGACCAUGAUUCUACUGGUAUCAACCUUGUUGACAACACUGGAUCCACGCCGCUGCACUAUGCUGCUAUCUCCCACGCUAUGUGCGGUUGUAGCCAGCACGCUGAGCUUGCUAUCCGCACUUUACUCGAAUAUGGGGCUGACCCCCGGAUCCCCGAUGGCUCUGGCCGUACCAUCCUACAUCUAUUAGGGUACAAUUCCCACCAAGGUGACCCCAUCACGACCACACUCCUGGAUUUAAUCCUGUCACACGGUGCCAAUAUCAACCAUGCGGAGAACAACGGCAAAAUGGCAUUGCACGUCUUUGCUCAGAAUCUGCGGCAGGUCUCGCCGGCAAAGUUCUUAAUCGAGCACGGGGCGGAUUUCCGCGCUCGGAAUACUCUCCGGGAGACGCCCUUUCAUGCGGCAGCGCGGGGGUUUCUGAAUGAUCAUGUACGCCGUGAUGGGAGAGAUGAGGAAGUGACAACUGCGAACAAGAUCAGGCUUCAGGAUGAGAUGAUGCGUGCUCUGCAGGAGGCUGCCGGGGAGGAUUCUGCUAUGUUGAUGAGCCAGCCAAAUGCGGAGGGUAAAACUCCGCAGGACUUACUGGAGGAGACCAGAAAUCGGUGGCAAGGAAGGGAGCAGCCCAUACCAGGCCCCGGAAGAGGCAGAGGCAGAGGCAGAGGCAGAGGGCAGCCAGUAGGAGCAUAA